GUGACUAAAAGCAGAACCUAGAAUAAAUCAAUCACCAAGAUGUAAAUAUAACAGAUGCCUCCUCUCUGUGUAAUAUAUAUAUAUAUAUAUAUAUAUAUAUAUAUAUGUAACUUUCUGGUCUGGUUUUUGCUUGCAAACAUCAGAUUUUUUUAGUUACUUCUUACAUUCUAUUUCUUCUUUUGGAAUCUAUUUUUCUCUCCACUAUUCACAGGCUUUCUGGGUCUUUGCCUAUUUGGAACCCUCAGAUUUCCUUGUCUACCUUCCUCUUUUGGCUUAUCUUCCUUUUCUGGGGCUUUCCUUCUAUUUGGGUUUGUGGUCUUUGCUCACAAAUUCUCAGAUUUCUUUGCUUCUUCCUCUCUUCACCUAAAGAGGCUUUCUGGGUAGCCUAUUGAGAUGGUGAGAGGAAAGACUCAAAUGAGGCGCAUAGAGAACGCCACAAGCAGGCAAGUCACCUUCUCCAAGCGGCGAAAUGGGUUGCUGAAAAAGGCCUUUGAGCUGUCGGUUCUUUGCGAUGCGGAGGUUGCCCUUAUCAUCUUCUCUCCAAGAGGGAAGCUCUGUGAGUUUGCAAACUCCAGCAUGCAGGCGACAAUUCAGCGUUAUCGUAAACAUGUGAAAGACACUCAAAUCAGCAGGAAAAUAUCCGAUGAAAACAUGCAGCAACUGAAGACGGAAGCAACGAACAUGGUGAAGAAUAUAGAGCUCCUUGAAAUUGCAAAACGGAAACUACUGGGAGAAUGCUUGGGUUCCUGCACAAUUGAAGAGCUACAGCAGAUAGAACAACAGUUGGAGAGGAGCGUUAGCAACGUUAGAGCUAGAAAGAACCAGGUUUUCAAAGAACAGAUUGAGCGACUAAAAGAAAAGGAGAAACUAUUGGCAGAUGAAAAUGCAAGGUUGUGUGAAAAGUGUGGCGUCCAACCAUGGCAAAGCUUGAAAGUGGUGGGAGAAACUAGACUCUGUGAAGAAAGUAGCCCAGUUUCAGAUGUGGAGACUGAACUUUUCAUUGGACCGCCAGAAACAAGAACUCAGCGCCUUCUCCAAUGAAUUGAUUAAUGGUGGGCAAAUUCAUGCCACAAAUGAAUAUAUAUAUAUAUAUAUAUAUAUAUAUAUAUAUAUAUAUAGCAAGAAGCAACAAUAAGGGCAACUGUGUGGCGAUGGUAAUAUAUGUUAUUUGAACAAUCUUGACAGGAGCUUUAUAAACUUAAAGAUAAAAGCUAGCAAUCUAAAUUUUAUUUGUUGCAUGUAA